ACUGAGGGGUGCUCUCGGCGAAGCGGCGGGGGUCAGCCGGGUAUUUGCUCUGCUCUUGGCUUUAUGUCCUCUGGAGCUCCUCUGAGGACAGCGGAGGAACUUCAGCGGCAGCUCCGGAGCAGCGCGGCCAGCGGAUAGUGUUUGAUGGAGGCGGGGGGAGAUGAAGAACACACCGCUGGUGACAUGAACUUCCUUCCUUCCUGGCUGCCGGGGUCAGGAUAUUGCCUAUUCAGCAAAAUGCUCCAGUUGUUCAACACAAGAAAACCAAGAACCAGCAGUCCGCAGACGAGGCGGGAGCUGGGAGAGGAGCACUGGGGAUAAUGCGAACUGUGUGCCCGGUGUGAGAGCGGGAGUGUGCGGGCAGACGAGCUGAGGGCUGGGUGUGCAGCGGGAACACUUUCUGCCUUACUGGAGGUUUCUGGAUCCAAAGUCACAGAGAAGCUUUAUCGCUGUGGAAUUACCCGGGUGAGACGUGAAAGCAGGAGCGUGGAGGAGGAUGCCCGAAGAUAAUCCUCCGGUGGGAUGAACAGGCAUCGAGUGCCAUGAAGAGAGCUGUUCCCCGGGUAAAGGAGAAGAGAGGGAAAAUGUGACUUCAUUAAUGUUUCCAAGCUGAAUUAUGGACAGUAGCUGGUGAAGGAAUCAUAUUGCUAAGUGAGAGCGUCGCUCUUGUGUUGGGAAGCUUAGGACAACGAAUUAAGAUGGGAUUACUCACAGCAUCGGGCUGGACAUGGUGGUGUUAUUAAGCCAAGAGCAAAAUUCAAAUGACUGUUCUAUUGGAUAUUUCAAAUCGUAAUUUCUUAAACGUUUUUCUCUGAUUUGUGUCUGUUCUUUUCUGAUGAAAUGGAGAUACAGUGGCGUUUGUGGAAUAAGGACUGGGGCUCCUUUUUAAGGCCGUGGAUACCUAUACUGUUAGGUCUUCACCUCCAGUUCUCCCGGGCCUCCAACUGUCCCGAGGAGUGCCGCUGUGAUCGGACAUUUGUUUACUGCAACGAGCGAAGCCUGACCUCAGUGCCUCUGGGAAUUGGUGAGGGUUAUAAGACCCUUUACCUUCACAACAACCAAAUCAAUAACGCUGGUUUUCCCUUGGAGCUCCAUCACGUGGCUUCUGUGGAAACUGUGUAUCUCUAUGGAAACCAGCUGGAUGAGUUCCCCAUCAACCUGCCCAAAAACGUUAGGGUUCUCCAUCUGCAGGAGAACAACAUUCAGACCAUCUCCAGAGCGGCUCUGGCUCAGCUGCUUUGGCUGGAGGAGUUGCAUUUGGAUGAUAACUCAAUUUCUACUAUAGGGGUGGAGAAAGGGGCCUUCAGUGAGGCCAUAAGUCUGAAGAUGCUCUUCCUCACCAAAAACCACCUGAGCAGUGUUCCUUUUGGUCUUCCAGAUGACCUGAAAGAGUUGCGUCUGGACGAAAACCGGAUCGCGAUUAUCGCAGAGGAAGCAUUUAGGAAUGUCACCCGCCUGCAACGCCUCCUGUUGGAGGGGAACCUGCUGACAGAUGAAGGGAUAGCACCGGGGACCUUUCAGAAACUGGUGACCCUCAAGGAGCUGUCCCUGGCCCGGAACUCACUCACAUACCCUCCCCCGUUCCUCCCAGGGGAGGUGCUUGUCAAAUUAAACUUUCAGGAGAACCAGAUAAACAGGAUCCCUGUGAGGGCGUUCGCAGGGUUGCACAAGCUGGAGAGGCUAGAUAUCUCUAACAACCAGCUGCAGUCCCUGACAGAGGGGGUGUUUGAUGACCUUGUCAGUCUCAGGCAGCUCACUGUUCGGAACAACCUUUGGCUGUGCGACUGCUGCAUGAAAUGGGUGGUGUCAUGGCUGAAAUCUCUUCCGGCCUCACUCAAUGUGCGCGGCUUCAUGUGCCAUAAACCUGAAAAGUUCCGGGGCAUGGUGAUCAGGGAGCUGAGUGCCGAGUUGGUCCAGUGCCCACAAAGCACGGUGAAAGUACCUCUGUCCACUUCCCCUGCUGCUCUCAUCCCAUCACUGUCCUCUUCCUCCCCACUGGUCACCCAGUUUGUUUCCUCUUCCUUGCCCACAUUCCCCACGCUCUUCCCUGUCUACCCGACCAGAGCUGGGGGGUUGAGGACUAAGCAACCUCUGGACUCCAGGAGGGAGACUUUGCAGGUCACUUUUGCCAUACUGAAUGGUUCGGCUCUCCAUGUCACCUGGGUGGCUGCUUUUCCAGUCACUACCUACAAGGUGACCUGGGCCAGGAUGGGCCCUAGUCUGACAGGGGACACCGUCAAGGAGCGGAUAGUUGGUGGGGAUCACAGAGGGAUCAGACUAUCAAAUCUCGAUGCAAAGUCCACCUAUCGGAUAUGUGUCAUUCCCCUGGAUGCAUUCAAUAAUUACCGGCCCAAAGAUGACACAGUGUGCACAGAGGCCAUGACCACGGCGGCCUCUUUCAGCCCGGACAACAACAAAAGAGCGUCUGGGCCCGAGCAGACCACGCAGCAGGAACCAAGCUCACCUUUCCUGCUGGCUGGGCUGAUUGGCGGGGCUGUGAUCGUGGUGCUGGUGGCGCUGCUCGGCAUCUUCUGCUGGCAAAUGCACAAGAAGAGCCGCUCCAAGUCCUCCACCAACUGGAAAUACAACAAGGGUCGCAGAAAAGACGACUACUGCGAGACAGGCACCAAGAAAGACAACUCCAUCCUGGAAAUGACUGAGACCAGCUUUCAGAUAGUCUCACUUAACAAUGAACAGCUCCUCAAGGGAGACUUCUGCAUUCAGCCUAUUUACACCCCUAAUGGGGGCCUCGGCUUCAGAGACUCCCCCCUGGAGAACAACAGCACAUUUGACUGCAGGAAUAAUGUACAGGAUGCAGACUUUUGUGGCACAUGAUGGUUUUUGGAGAACAUUUUUACUGAAAACUACUCACACUUUACUGGAAACUGUCCAGUGUUAAUAUUAUUUGGAACCCGAGAAACUUCAAGAAAUGUAAUUUAUACAACUACCUGGGAGAUUUGUAUAGAACAUUGGAUUUAUAAGCUAUUGGUUUCUAGGGUUGUGCUGUUUGAGUUCUACGAUCAUGUUUCUGUAUUAUUUAUAAGAAUUAAGGCUGGGUUUCAUCAAGUCAUUGUAUACUGUAACCACACCAGAUACAUAAUACACAGUGUAGCCACAGUACAUAAUUUCAGUACCGCUAGAGUUCUGAGAGAAGGAGAACAAAUCAGCCACGCUUAUUACCACUAGAGGGUGUUGUUUGUUGGAAACCUUACAGUCCACCACACUUUUUCUUUGACUGUUUUUAAUCAUUCGUCAUCACAGAACCAGGCACAUUUUUCUAAUUGCCUCUACAAUCAAUAGAGAUGCAUAUUACUUAAUUUCUGCUCCAGGAAGAGGAAUUAUUUGUAUGCAAAUGGGAUGUUUCUCUGCUACAAAAUGUAAAGGUCACAUUCAUUAAACAUUCACAUGAAGUUGCAGGCCACACUGCUUUUCAAGAUUAUUCAUUAUCACAGUUAUGGGGUCAUGUUAUUAAUGCUAGCUGUGUUUGAUAGUGGGUGUCACAGAGUGAGCUGCAAAAAAGCACAUCCUCCAUAAAUGUAACCGAUUAAGAACUUUCCUUUUGUUCAGCAGAAACAAUGUCAUGGUAAACAGUAUAUAUAUAUAUGUGCCUUGAAGUUUUCAGCUUACAAUGUCUUUUGGAUCCAUGUUUUUGCACAAAAGGUGUACUGUACAUUCAGUUGAAUUGUUGUUGAGGAAACCUCUUGUUCGACAUUAUUUAUUCACCUCCAUAAACAUUUAAAUGAAAAACAUAUCUCCAAAAGUCAACUGAUCCCUCAUGAUCUGUCCGAGAAUCAUCGCCGACUCACACUGUUAAAAGCACACUCAUGUGGGGGAGCUCAGUGAUGGUAGCAGAGGUAUGUUUGGAGGGGGGUCCUUUGAGAAUGGCUGUUGCAAGCUGAGAAGUCACAGAGACUGCACUUAAAGUAUACUUUACAAAAUCCUUAA